AUGGAGGUAUCUACAGAAGCCAAAGCGUGGUGUAUCCAAGAAUUGUUGAAAAUAAGAGACGUGGACGACGAUGUGACGGGAUAUAUUUUGUCACUGAAUACUGCUAGUGAAUUAGAGUCAUAUCUGCGAAAUUUUCUGGAUCUGAAGAAUCGCGAACAUUAGCAAAUUUUGGUGGAAUUUUCCAAUGUAGUGAGGACCGAAACUACCUCAGAUGCAAGUGGUACUUUUUCGUACUCCCAAAAAUGCUCAGGUGAACACGGUAACGGUUUAACUGAUCCACCCAUUUAUCCGGGAAUAGAAACAAAGAAGAAAUCUCCAAAGUUUGUGUCACUGUAUGGGGCAGAGGGACAAGCGCGCACUUCGGUUCUUCUUCCCGGAAGACACCCCUGCGAGUGCUUGGCUCAGAAACACGCUCUGGUCAAUAACUGCACAGAAUGUGGACGAAUUAUUUGUAAACAGGAAGGUUCGGGACCUUGCUUUUUCUGUGGAGCUUUGGUUUGCACUAAAGAAGAGCAAGAGAUACUGGCGCGGAAAUCAAAAAAGAGUCACAAACUCCAUGAGAAACUACUGAAGCAGGGGAUAGAGCAUGACUCUGGUUCAAAAUUAGGGGAAGGUCUACAAAAAGCAAUUGCUCAUAAGAACAGACUCAUAGAGUAUGACAAGAGUGGUGUCCGGCGUACAAAAGUGAUUGAUGAUGAGUGUGAUUACUUUGCUAGUGACACCAAUAAGUGGCUGUCUAAAAAGGAGAGGGAUGCUUUAAAGAAGAAGGAAGAUGAACUGCGAGAAAAGCGUUAUGGUUCACACAGGAAGAUGAAGGUUACACUGGACUUUGCAGGUCGAAAGGUUGUUGACGAGAGUGAACCUGAGGUAAAUUUUGACCCUGAUUCAGCUGUUCUUGCUCCAGGUUAUUAUAAUGUGGAUAAAAAUCCCAAACCACAAAGAGUUGCCAAUCUUAACUGCCCAAAUAUCUCUUCUUUAAAGUUUGUUUCUUCUGAGAAAGGAGGCGAGAAAGAGCGAAAUUACAAGGAUGUUGCAGAGAAAAAGCGAAGUAAAGAAGUUCUGCGUAUCCAGGAUAAGGAAUUCCAAGAGAUGAGUGAUACAGGUGCUUGCCUAAGUAUGCAUCAGCCUUGGGCAUCACUCCUUGUGUUGGGUAUCAAGAGAGUAGAAGGGCGCUCCUGGUACAGUGCUCACCGUGGACGCCUAUGGAUUGCAGCAGCUGCUAAACAGCCAACUCAACAGGAAAUCACAGCAGUAGAAGAAGUGUACAAGACUCUGUAUGGGAGUGAAAAUGUUGUAUUCCCUCAGCAAUAUCCUGUCUCAUGUCUACUUGGAUGCAUAGACCUUGUGGAAUGUCUUGCCCAGGAAGAUUACAAGGAACAGUUCUCAGAAGGCGAGUCUGAAUCUCCUUAUGUGUUUAUCUGUGAGAAUCCUCAGCAGCUGGCUUUGAAAUUUCCUGUAAAGGGACAGCAUAAAAUAUGGAAACUUGAUCCUGCAAUCCAUAAGGCAGCCAAGGGAGGUCUCAGGAAAGCAGCAUGAAGAAAUAUCUGCCAAAGUCCUCAUCAUAAUCUAGAUGCAAUUAAUGUUUUGAACCUAGAACUGAUAGGUUAAUGGUGUAUAAUUGAGGAUAUUCCUAAAGAACACUUCUGUCAGUAACAGUAACAAAUUGAAAACUGAAGGGGAAGUCAUUAUCAGAGUCAAGAUAUGACACUAGUGAUGACAUCCUAAAAAGUCACCUUGACUCCCAUUAUGAUUUUCAAUCAGGUUGUUAAUUUAAUGUCAUUCACUGUUACCUACAGUGUACAUAGUCCUUUCCAGGACUACUCUCACUCAGAUGAUUAGACUACACAACUGAAAGUAGUUUGUUUCAGAGUUUAUGGUCAUACCUACAUCAGGUUUAGGGUCAACAAAAACUGAUCAAAGUUACUGGUAUCAUAUCAGACCAAAGACUACUAUAUUAACGAUCAAACUUACGGGUUAUUUAUUAUUGCUUUGUCACUUGACUUGUUUUGUGUCUAAUGGAUGUCCAAGAUGAAGUUAAGGGCAUUUGAGUUUACCAUAUAUUUCGAUUAGUUUCCCCUUUUUCCUUCCUAUUUGAUCAUUUGAAUUUUUCUAUUUGGGAACCUCAGCUUAAAUUUUGAUUACUCAAUGGGUACCCUGCUGGUAAUCUAAAAGCUAUUGAAAGUAUGGUGUCAGGGCUCGACACUAACUUUUCAACUUACUAGCCUAGUAGCUAGAGACAUCUUAGAUGUUAAGACAAUUU